AAGCACACCAAACUUUACACUCAGAGGGCACAGUCUUUUAUUGUGAAGACUGACCGGACGCGUGGGUGUUUCCGGCGGUGAGCUUGACGUGACGUCAGCCUGCGUGCCUGCGUACGGCGGCUCGGAGGGUCAGUCCGCGCCGCUCCGCCGCUGCUGUUGCUGACGAUGGGAGACAUUUACUGCGAAGAGCUCGAGGAUUUAGUUCACUUCUCAGUGCACGACCUGCCGGCACGAGGCUAUGUCGUCAUGGAGGAGAUCCGACGUCAGGGGAAACUCUGUGACGUCACGCUCAAGGUCGGGGAUCAUAAGUUCAGCGCUCAUCGGAUCGUGCUGGCGGCCUCCAUCCCAUAUUUCCACGCCAUGUUCACCAACGACAUGGUGGAGUGCAAACAGGACGAGAUCCUGAUGCAGGGCAUGGACCCCAGCGCUCUGGAGGCUCUGAUAAACUUCGCAUACAGUGGCCAUGUUGCCAUCGACCAGCAGAACGUGCAGUCUCUCCUGAUUGGCUCGAGCUUCCUACAGCUGCAGAAUGUUAAAGAUGCCUGCUGCUCCUUCCUGCAGGAGAGGUUACACCCUAAGAACUGUUUGGGCGUCCGUCAGUUCGCAGAGACCAUGAUGUGCACGACGCUGUAUGACUCAGCCAGCAGCUUCCUGCACCAGCACUUUGUGGAGGUUUCCUUAUCGGAGGAGUUCCUGGGCCUGAGGACGGAGGAGGUGCUGGAGCUGGUCGGCUGCGACGAACUCAACAUCAAAGCAGAGGAGCAGGUGUUUGAGGCAGUGCUGGCCUGGGUUCAUCAUGACCGGGACAGGCGGGAGUCUCUGCUGCCAGAGUUGCUCUCUAAAAUCAGACUGCCGCUGUGUCGACCUCAGUACCUGUCAGACCGAGUCCAGCAGGACGAACUCGUCCGCUGCUGCCAUAAAUGCAGAGAUCUGGUGGAUGAAGCCAAAGAUUUCCACCUGAUGCCAGAGCGUCGUCCUCAUCUGCCGACCUUCAAGACCCGACAGAGGUGCUGCACGUCCAUCACAGGACUCAUCUACGCUGUGGGAGGACUCAACAGCUCAGGUGAUUCCUUAAACGUGGUUGAAGUGUUUGAUCCAAUUGGGAACUUCUGGGAGCGCUGUCAGCCAAUGAGGACAGCUCGCAGCAGAGUGGGCGUGGCCGUUGUUAAUGGGCUGCUGUACGCCAUUGGAGGAUAUGACGGCCAAUCGCGGCUCAGCACUGUGGAGGUUUACAAUCCAGAGACAGACAGCUGGACGCGAGUGUCGAGCAUGAACAGCCAGCGCAGCGCCAUGGGAACGGUUGUGAUUGAUGGACACAUCUACGUCUGCGGCGGCUACGAUGGGAAAUCUUCUCUGAACUCGGUGGAGUGUUAUUCUCCGGAGACGGACAGAUGGACGGUGGUGACGGAGAUGAGUGCGAGUCGCAGCGCUGCUGGUGUGACGGUGUUUGACGGACGCAUCUUUGUCUCUGGCGGCCAUGACGGUUUACAGAUCUUCAACACGGUGGAGUAUUAUAACCACCACACUAACCGCUGGCACGCCGCGGCGGCAAUGAUGAACAAGCGUUGCCGUCACGGUGCGGCGGCUCUCGGCAGUCACAUGUACGUGGUGGGCGGGUACGACGGCUCAGGCUUCCUGAGCGGCGCCGAGGUGUUCAGCUCGGCGGCGGGACAGUGGAGCCACCUGGUGGCCAUGAACACGCGUCGGAGCAGAGUGUCACUGGUUGCUACGUCGGGUAGGUUGUACGCCGUGGGCGGGUAUGACGGACAGUCCAACCUCUGCUCUGUAGAGAUGUACAACCCCGACUCCGGCCGCUGGACGUUCAUGGCGCCCAUGGCGUGUCACGAGGGUGGGGUAGGCGUCGGUUGCAUUCCCCUGCAGCCUGCUUAAACCCGCCAAUCGGAGCUGAAGGAGCCGUGUUUCUGAGGAGGCCACGCCCUCCUGUGGCCAUACAAUGCCGGGCUGAACGCUCACCUGCACACACGCCACGCCUGAGGGAUUCUGGGUAAAGACUGUAGAGUUAGCUCACGCAGGCUAACUGCUAGCAUUGUGCUAUUAGCGAGCGUGUGCUGAUCAAUGUUAUUGAUUUGAUUUAAAACAACAAAGCUGCUGAAUUUAAACAGGAUGAAUGCUCUGAUGUGUUUUCUGUGAACUGUUGAAUGAUCAGGGAGACGAGAAAGAGACUGAGUGAGACAUCUGAGCUAUCAGCGCCGCCUGCAGGCUGCAGACGCCAUCACAUCUUCAUCAUCAGGCUGAGGUCAGAGGUCAGACCUCCUGGUGUCGCAUCCCUGCGUGUUUCUGUAACAGAGCUGAGGAGGCGCUGUGACAUGAAAACAACCUGAACUCUGAACAGGUCGAACCACACGAGUUACAUCAUCGGAGACGCUCAGACUCAAAUGUUUCAGAGACGUUUCUGCACGAUUUAAAAAUGUUUCUCCAACGUUUCUGAAAUGUCUUUGAAAAUUGCUGAACUUUUCUUAAAGUUUCUUAAACGUUUCUGAAUGUUUCCAAGACAUUUCUGAAAUAAUUUGAACGUUUCUGAAACAUUUUUUAAUGUUUUUAAACGUUUCUCCACAGUCAAUAAAUCUUAAACUUUCAGUGUGAACGAGCUUUUACUAAAAGAUGAUGUCAGAUUCUCUGUGAUCAGUGAUUGAUAAAUGAUCGAUGCAGUCGAUCGCAGCUGCUGUCAUGAACUCUCUCUCAGUUGAUUAUAAAAUGAUCUGAUCAGCUGAUCGUCUGUCUGUUUGUUCCUGGCGUCCGCUGGGAGGCGCAGACACACCUGAAGCUGUUCCCACGGACAGAAACAUCUGAAGAAGAACAGUUUAGUUUCAUCAGUAAGAGCCCAGAAACUGAGCUCGUGCUUCAUACGAUGUGUUGUUGUAGACCUUUGAGCUGGAGCUUUCAGCUACAUCUCCUGGCCUUCAUCAGCGGAUGGAGGCGCUCAGUUGUCAUGGAGACAGUUCAGUUGUGAUCAUGUGGCCUAAUUUUUAAAUAUGAAGGCCACAGGACGCAGCUGAAAGCUCCGGUAAAUGGACCCUGAUGAAUUUCAAUUUAGAGAAUAAACCAGAUGAAAUGAUCAAUAAUGAUGAUCCAAUCAUCACUGAGUUUAUGAUUGAUUAGAUUUCUGUUUGUGGAUCAUUAAAGAGAUGAAAUCAA